UAGAAUCAAAAUUUAAUUAACAUAGUUUCUUUCAUUUUGUCUGUCAAGAUUCAAAUCUGGCUUAAGGGACGGUGUAGUAUAUAAAACAGGGGAUCUUUGCUAAUUAGAGAUUACUAAUUAACUAAUGUGAGUUAACCAAAUGAUGAAACUCGUUUAUUACCUGAUCCAGAGAAGUAUAGUUGUCCCCAAUUCUUGUAUAUCCAGCCUCUGUGUCAGAACCAAAGUUACUGUCAGCGGAAUUAUAAUCUUCCGAUUCUUCGCUCAGUUUUUCUCCCACCUCCUUGCUCUUUUUUGCUCCCAUCUCGCAUUACUUGUCUUGUCUCGAUCAUAAACGCUAAAAAAAGAAACUAGCACUUGUUCACAAGCUGCUCAUCUGUUAACAUGUUAACAAACAGUGUAUUAGAUAAAAUUUUCAGACCAAGAAUUUUUCGUAAGUAUAUAUCUGUAAAAAAAGAUAUUAGAAUGUCUCUUACAUGAAUCAGGGAUGUGUAAUACUAGAGUCAUUUUUGCUAACCUAAAACGAAAGAAUGAAUCUUAGGGAGAGGUAGUUGAGGCCAAGUGGCCAACAAUUAAUUAUAAUAAGAAUCAAGGAAAACCAACUAUUAUCAAGACUUAAUCAACAUAUUAAUUUUUUUUCUUUUAUUUUUGGUUAACAAAGAAACUUCAGUCACACGUAAAUUUCGAUAGAGUAAUUAGUUGCAGCAUCACAUCAGUAUAUCCUUAUGAAUUUAAUUGACUCUUAUAUCAUCAAAAUAAUUAAUCGGUCGACUAUAAGAUAACAUCACUUGGUCUCGAAUCAGUUUUGAGCAUUGUUUUAUUUCUCUUUGCGUGAAACCUUAUUUUUACUUAUCUCUUCUGCCUAAGAGCAAGUUGACUAUGUUCCGUAGAAUGUCAACAUCAUUAGAAUGAAUCAAAACUAAAUUACUUUCAAAUUUUUUUUUGGUAGUUUUAUUUAGUGUUUUGGCAAUUUCCUACUCCGUGCAGAAGUCAACUUGUACUGGGCCAUUGCCUGUACCCCCAAAGAUCGAGCCUAACAUUAUCGAUGUGCUCAUAUCCUUGUGCUCGAAAAAGUAACGGAGGAAUAGAGAUGUUCAUAUCCUUGUGCUCGAAAUUGAUUUGGAACUGAAUCAUAUUAUCUACUUAUCUUAUAGUUGGGCAAUGAUUAGUGAUUUGAUAACCUAACAUUCCAGUGAACUAAUAUUGAUUUACUAAUACAACUAAUUUUUAAUCUCUUCUCUCAAUUAGUUUCUACACGGUUUCUUGUAGACGAAGAUUUUUUUUUAAAAAUGAUUUGUUGAGUGUGAUGUUUGUGAAAGAAAAGUAGUAACUGGGAAAAAGUCAGCUGAAAUUUAUGAACCAAUUCUCGACAAUAUCUUGUAAAAGCUGACCCUUGAUGUAUAAAAAUGGCUGCUUUAAUAAACAUUUUAGUUUCUUAUUGCUAUUAGUUGUUUGCCUUAACUAUCACCUCCCCACUGCCAGGAUUCAUUCUCUCGUUUCAGUUUUCUUCUGUUCCUUAAUAUUUACGAAUUAUUACGACAAGUAAAGACUAUAUUGAGAGGUGACAUGGGAGGAAAACAGAGCAAAGAUGGAAGUUAUGUUCGUAGGAAUCCGUCUAGUCGUAUAUCUCAGUCGGGUUCUUCAAAUUACGGUGAAAGUAGCUUCAGUGCUGGGGCUGGGAGAAGAAGGGAGAUGCAUUCCGAAUUUGGAUUCAUCGGGGACAACUAUAGGUCUCUGGACCAGGUGAGAAAGGCUCUUUUGGAUGCUGGUUUGGAGUCAUCGAACCUUAUUGUGGGGAUUGACUUCACAAAGAGCAAUGAACAUGCAGGGAAAAACUCGUUCAAUGGGAAAAGCCUGCACCACAUCAGUGAAAUAUUGAACCCGUAUGAACACGCAAUCUCAAUCAUAGGAAGGACACUUUCGCCUUAUGAUGAGGAUAAUCUUAUACCUUGUUUUGGCUUUGGUGAUGUUAGCACUCAUGAUCAAGAUGUGUUCAGCUUUUAUCAAGGCAACAGGCCUUGUAAUGGAUUUGGGGAGGCACUUUCUCGUUACAAAGAGAUUGUUCCAAAUGUUCGUCUAGCAGGGCCUACAUCGUUUGCCCCAAUAAUUGAAACUGCUAUUGGGAUAGUUGAUCAAAGUGGUGGCCAAUAUCAUGUUCUUCUGAUUAUAGCUGAUGGCCAGGUGACACGAAGUGUCGACACCAAAGCCGGGAAGCUAAGUCCUCAAGAGCAAAGCACGGUUAACGCAAUUGUCAAAGCAAGCAAAUACGCGUUGUCCAUAAUUGUGGUUGGAGUUGGUGACGGGCCGUGGGACAUGAUGCAUGAGUUUGAUGAUAAUAUUCCAGCCAGAGAUUUCGACAAUAUUCAGUUUGUGAACUUCACAGAAAUCAUGUCAAGAAAUGUGCCACUUUCCCAGAAGGAAACGGAGUUUGCCCUGGCUGCACUAAUGGAGAUCCCUUUACAAUACAGGGCAACACUCGAACUCCACCUCUUGGGCAAGCAGAUAGGAAACAGCACAGUGGUUCCACUACCACCUCCAACUAGCCGAAACCCGAGACCACAAAACAUGCACCCAUAUCAAGCACGAAAUAUGAGGUCGCCAAAUCCUUACUCCAACUCGUCACGUUUUCCCAGCUUUGCUUCAUCCCGUCCAUCGUCUCCCAGCCCUUCAGAAGGAUCUUCAAGUAAUAGGAAUUGCCCUGUUUGUGAAUGGAGUAAACGAGAUCUUGUACUUGGAUGUGGACAUCAGACGUGCAGUGAGUGCGGUCAUGAUCUCGUCUGGUGCCCUAUUUGUCGAACAGAGAUAACCAACAGGAUAAGGCUUUAUGACUAAAAAAACACUAGUAACUGAAGCCACUGCUCAAAGUCAAGGUAUCAAGAUUUGGCUGCUUGUUUCCCUAAACCAAAAUGUUUGUAUUUUCUGACGCUUGUCUUUGGAAAUGUACUGAACAUAUAUUGUUUGUUUGCAGCACUUUCAUUUUUACACUGAAAAUCCAAAUAAAUAUAUACUGUUUUUCCAGAUCACAUGUUUCACAACUCAAUGUCAUCCGUUUGUUCUUUUUCUGCAAAAUGAUUGUAGAUC